GAUAAUACCUAACGACUGUGGGUUCAGAUUCAAGGGCAUCCACUACAUGACCGUUCGGGGGUGGGAGCCGUUGCAAAGGGGUGUCCUUUCACCGCCUCCCAUUCCUCUCCCUACUACUACUAUUAGUACUACUACCACUACUACUACACUAGUACUAUAGCAGAUCGGGAUUGUAAGGCACUGUAGUAAUGAAAACAAAAGCUAUUUCAUCAAUAGAGAGCUUUCAAGAAUCCACAGUUUCAUGAAUAAAAGCAAACUUAUCAAAAGUCAGAAUUGAUUCUUCAGUGCUCCUAGCACAAACCUUAAAGACAGAUGGAAGAAUUAGGACAAGUGGGUUGUUUUUCAGCAGCUGACAUAAAAAUUGAUGAAGAAUUCUUAGAGGGUGAUAAUCCUUCUGUCAGUGAUAGCAAAGAUCCUGAUUGUGUUGAAGGACAUACCUCAAAGGUGAACCAGCUUGAAUUGAAUGUGCUAUCAAACAGUGAGGAAUAUGCCUUUGAGUUGAACCAGUCUGAAUUAAAGGAUGCAUCCAGUGGUGAUUCAUCUGUUAUAGCUGAAGAAAAAUCUGCUCCUGUUCUCAAAAAGAGAAAAAGGUUACCAAAAGAAGAUAGAGAUGAAGAAAGAGGAAAGGAUGAUGAAACUGAAAGAGAGAAAAUAAUAUCAGAAGAUAAAGAUGAAGAAAGAGGAAAGGAUGAUGAAACUGAAAGAGAGAAAAUAAUAUCAGAAGAUAAAGAUGAAGAAAGAGGAAAGGAUGAUGAAACUGAAAGAGAGAAAAUGAUAUCAGAAGAUAAAGAUGAAGAAAGAGGAAAGGAUGAUGAAACUGAUAGGGAGAAAAUAAUAUCAGUUUGUAAAGAUGAAGAGGAGCAGAAAGAUAUGGAUGAAAUUUCAUUGCUCUUAAGCAUAAGAGACUCGGUACAAAAAGUUGCACAGACGCAAAAUGAAAUUGCUGAUCUGAUUGUGGAUUUUGUGAAAAAACGACAGUCUUUGUAGUUGUGAAAGUGUAAAGCAUUUUUACAUUAAAAGAUUUGUGGCAGCUUGAAUAUCAUAAAUAUUUUAUUAAUG